AUGUUUGGACGAAAUACAUCUGGCUGGGUUGAUGGUGAAAAUUUAAUAUUCUUCUUAAAUUUUGGCAAGAGAUUCAAGGAACCGCAAAAUAAGCGAGACAUUGGUAACCGAACGCACCUGUGCAUUGAGUUGACGGAGGAGGGCGAGGAGAAGCCGAAGGCGGCGGAGAGUCAGGACGAUGGGUACGAGACGAGCAACAGCGGCGAGGCGGCGCGAAGGAAACCCUCGAGCGCGGAGGGGUCACCCGCGCCGCCUCCGCCCCGCUCGCCGCCCCCCGACGUCGAGCCCGACCACGAGCCCGAGCCUGAGCCCGAGCCCGAGCACGAGCACGAGCACGAACACGAGCACGAGCACGAACAUGAAACAGCAUACGAGCCGCUCCUACAGCGACCCUUCCCAUCCCAAUACAGACACUUCGAGCCUCCACCGGCUCAUCCCCAGCAACACCAGCCGCCGCCGGCUCACGACCCUGAGCCGUACCAACACUUCCACUUCCCCAAAUACCCUCAGGAUCCGUAUCCCUUCAAACGGGAGGCGGACGCGCCUUACGACAUGACGCAGCACCACCAACACCCGCACCAGCAAAUACAUCACAACCAAUACGCUAAGAGAGACGACGAGUUAUAUAACGGUGUGAAACGGGAGUGCGAGGACCCGUACUCGUUUGUGGAGGAGGAGGCGAUGUGCGCGAUGCUCGGCCAGCAGCACCACUUACAGCACCUGCAGCACCACGAGCAGCACCAUCACCAGCACAUGCAGAUGCACCCGCAGCAGAUGAUGCUCAACCAGCCCAAGAAACGGGGGCGUAAGAAGAAAAUAAAGGAUGAAAACGGGUUGGAACUUAAAGUGGACGGAGUUUUAGACAGCGUGUCGGGUAUCGUGCGUCCGGUGAAGGAGCGGAAGAAACAUGACCGGUUCAACGGGAUGAGUGAGGAGGAGGUGUCGCGACGCACGCUGCCCGACCACCUCGCGGAGAACCUCGACAUCAUCAUUAUCGGUAUAAACCCGGGAUUGUUCGCGGCCUACAAGGGUCAUCACUACGCUGGUCCCGGGAACCACUUCUGGAAAUGUCUCUACCUGUCCGGACUCACCCGGGAACAGAUGAGCGCUGAUGAGGAUUACAAGCUUCUAAACUUCGGCAUCGGCUUCACGAACAUGGUGUCACGUCCUACCAAAGGUUCAGCGGAUCUCACGAGGAGGGAGAUCAAGGAAGGAUCCGCCAUUUUGUUGGAGAAGCUCCAGACCUUCCGGCCAAAGGUGGCCGUGUUCAACGGGAAACUCAUCUACGAAGUGUUCUCCGGGAAGAAGGACUUCUGUUUCGGGAAACAACCCGACUGUAUCGCCGGGACUAACACUUACAUGUGGGUGAUGCCAUCAUCGUCGGCUCGUUGCGCCCAGUUGCCUCGCGCCGCUGACAAGGUCCCGUUCUACGCGGCCCUUAAGAAGUUCAGGGACUAUCUGAAUGGACUCCUGCCGAGGUUGGAUGACGCUGAACUGGUGUUCCCUGACACUACCUCACGGAGACCGCACGAGGAGAUGGAAAUACGCAGCGGGUCGAUUUACAGACUGACUAUGGAGCCCGAGCCGGGAGACACUAUUAUACUAGAAGACGGUACGGAGGUCCCGCUCAAGAAAAAACGAGGACGACCCAAGAAAGUGAAGCUCGAAAACGGUGAGACGGUCCCCGCAGCACCCAGGGCGCCGCGGCAGCCCCGGCCUCCGCCCUCCAUGGAGACCGGGGACCAGCCCGCCAAGAAGAAGAGAGGCCGCCCCAAGAAGAUAAGACCCGAGGAACAACAGUUCCUCUUGCAGCAACAGCAACAACAACAGCAGCAGCAACAACAACAGCAACAGCAAAGCAAUUCAAUGCUGCAGCCGCAGCUAUCGUCCAUGAGCCAGUUGCCGCACGAGCAGUUCCUCCACAACUCUAGCGGGGACUUCCAGCAGAUGUCCUCGCCGUUGGGAGUGGGCAGUGUGGGCGUGGGCGUGGGCAACGUAGGCGUCGGCAGCGUUGGCGGAGUGAGCAACGUCAGCAGCGGCGUCAUGUACGGUGUGCAGCAUCAGCACCAACAGCAGAUGUCAGACUCGUCGCCGUACUACCAACCUAACAAUAGUGGAGGUAUGGAUUCUCCGUUGGACGUGGGCGGCGGUCUGGGCAUGUCUCGUGGUUACGGGUCACCUGGCGGCGUGGGCGUGGGUAGCGUGGGCGGCGUGGGCUUCGCGGCGUCACCACGACACGCGCACUCGUACGCGUCACCUCGCUCACAGCCAUACUCACCCGGACCACAGAGACUGGCUGCUACGCCGCAACCACAACAACAGUUUCCAUCGAGCCCGGCGGCAUUUUCGGCGCCAUCACCACCGCGUGCUGGGUACGGUUCACCCGGCGUGGGCGGUGUGGGCGUCGUGGGCGGCGUGGGUGGUGUGGGCGGAUCGCGCGGGUUCGCGGCUCGUUCCCCACUGUACGCGAGCUCCCCGGCCGCUUACCGCCAGCAGCCGAGCCCGGCCGCUCAGCCCCAGCCGAGGUUUACACACGAUGGAAUGCCUUUUGCUAGGGAUACACAGAGCGGUUCAGUAUCAGCGUCGGGUGGUGGGUUCUCAUGUUCUCCAGGCGUGGCGGGCGUGGUGGGCGGUAGUACCCCGUUCCCCGCCGCGUCCCCCGCCGCUCACUCAUACACCCCGUCGCCCGCACACACGCCGUAUUCGCACCACUCCUCCCCAGCGCCCGCGCCGGCACCACACACGCCAUAUGACUCGCAUCAUUUUGCUAAUCAGGGAAGUGGAUCGAGUGGUUCCGGCGGUGGUUCUGGCUACGGUGCAGAGUUGUCCAGCGACAUCGGUGCGGCGAUAUCUUCCCCGGCGCCUGUGUCGCCAGCCUGCGCCAAUCUGGACUUCGAGCCGCCUAGAGACGACUCGCCCAUGGGCAGCACAGACAUGCAUCCGGGCAGCAAUAGCAAUUCUUCGCUGUCAGACUAUAAUAAGCAAAGUAACCCGGGUGGAGGGGAAAUGUCCCCGGCCGGUGUAGGCGCGGGGUCGUUCGGAGGCGCACUGUACGACGACUCGAGACUGGCCUACAGCGACAAGCCCGACUAUCAUUACCAGGAACAAGGCAAUGGUGUAGGAGACAGUCCUCGAUUAGAUCAAUUACAUCAACAUCCCUCCAUGUAUCCUAGCAAUUUUAACAGGUCAACGCCCACCGGUGACAGUGACUCGGGCUUCGGCCGCGGCUCGUUCCGGGCGCCCGAGUUACAUCACCCUCCGCCCGCAGGUUCCCCCAGUGAGUACAGCGGCGGAGGCGACUCUGGUAACGGGACACCUAAGAGCAAAUCACAAGACGUGGCUUCCAAAUCGUUAUCGGGUUUGGAGUCGCUCGUCGAUCAAAUACCUUCCAUAGCGGACGGGCCGGCGGGCGUGGGCGGUGUGGGCGGCGUGGGCGCGUCCGUGGGCAGCGUGGGCGAACAGGGCAGCGCCCCGCCAGUACCCUCGCUGCCGGAGUACACGCCAGCGUUGUACCCUCCAUAUCCGGCGUACGGCGCACCGGCAUACGGAAAUAACAGUUACAGCGCUCCGUUUGUCGGUUACGGCGGUGGUUGGGGCACUCAGCUAAUGCGGCCGGCGCCGGGCUACCUACCUGAUUGGCAGUAUGGAUAUGGCCCACCCGCGUACGCCUCAUACAACUCACCAUACUACUACGGUAAUCCGGGACCGCCGCCCGCGCAUCAUCAACAGACCCACUACCUGUCCCCGCCUCUGUUGGAGCUCCACAAGAGCGGCGAGCACGCGGCCGCCGUGUCAGCGGUGCCCGCGGUCCCCUCCGUGCCCUCGGUCGGCUUUGGAGGCUUCUGUUAG